AUGCGGAAGGACUUCUCCUGCUUCCGCGACGGCGCGGUCACCACCCUCGCCGUCGCCGAGCCGGGCUCCUCCGGCGACCGCCUCGACCGCUCGCUCCAGGCCGCCACCGCCUGCGUCUACCGGGUCGCGCUGGCCGAGCGCAAGGAGCUGCUCGUCACCGUCACCUGGACCCGCCGCUCCGUGGUCACCACCUCCGUCGCCGACGCCGCUGCCGCCGGGGCCACCGGGCUCUCCGUCGCCGUCGAGGAAGUCCAGGCGAAGGCCUCCACAAAGCCGACGUUCCCCGUGUCAUCUGCGGCGGGGACUCCGGCCGCAACGCCGCGGAGGGCGGCGGUGAAGCAGGCGGCCACGGGGAGCGCGCAGCAGCGGGUCGUGCACCUCAUGCACAAGAGGCGCGGGAGCCGGUCGUUCGUCACGGAGGGCGGCACCGCGGUGGCCGUGCACUGGGACACGUCGGAGGCCAAGUACGCGGCGGCCUCGCCGGAGCCCUGCGGCGGGGAGUACCACCUCGCCGUGGUGGCCGACGCGGAGCUGGCGCUGCUCCUCGGCCGCGGGGCCGCGCGGGAGGAGCUGUCCCGCCGCUUCGGCGCCGCCUCGCGCGCGGUCCUGGUGAGCCGGCGCGAGCAGCUCCGCGCGCCGUCGUCCGCGGAGGCGGCGUCGGUGGCGCACAGCACGCGGUGCAGCUUCCGGGACGGCGGGGCGGAGCACGAGGUGACGGUGCGCUGCCGCGGGGACCGGCGGGGCGCGGCGUCGAGGGGCGAGCACGGCGACGGGGAGGUGGCGGUGAGCGUGGACGGGAAGAGCAUAGUGGAGGCGCGGCGCGUGGGGUGGAACUUCCGCGGCAACCGCACGGCGGUCCUCGGCGACGGCGCCGUGGUGGAGGUGAUGUGGGACGUGCACGACUGGUGGUUCGCCGGGGGUGUCGGCGCGGCGCAGUUCAUGGUGAAGGCGCGCGGGCCCGGGCCGGCGGACGGCGGGCGGGUGUGGAUGGACGAGGAGCUGGCCAGCAAGGGGCAGCCCCCCGCCGGCUUCUUCCUCCACAUGCAGUGCUACCGCCGGUGA